AAGGUGUCUUUACAAGAAAAAUAUUACCGUUAUAACAAACACGUGUCUCCCAACCGCUACCUCUCUGUCUUGACCAGUCUUCUUCUUUGGAUUCUCUUCUUCUUUCACACUUUUCUCUGCUCAAAUUUCUCACUUUCCCUACAUACUUUUUACUAAACUUUCUCUUGAAUUUUAUGUUAUUCUAGUGAAAAAUCUGAAAAGGGUCACAUUCUUUUUACAUUUUAGCCCCCCCAACAAAUACCCUUUUUCUCAGUCUGAGCAAAAAAAAUUCUAUCUUUCACCAAAUUGAUCUGUUUUCUCUAAUGGGGUUUCUCUAAAAUCCACCAAUUAUGUAAUUUUCUCUUGAAUUUAUGUUAUUCUAGUGAAAAUACAAAAAGGGUUACAUUCUUUUUACACUUUAUGCCCAAAAAAGACCCUUUUUUUUUCCUCUCUCUGAGCAAAAAAAAUCAAAUUUUCAGACAAUUGAUCAGUGUCCUGUAAUGGGGUUUCUCAAAAAUCCAGCAAUGAUGUAAUUUUCUCUUGAAUUUAUGUUAUUCUAGUGAAAAUCUAAAAAAGGGUCACAUUCUUUUUACAUUUUUGUUAUGGAGAUUUACUUAUUACUCAUAGUAUUGUUCUGUUUUAGUGUACUAUCUAUAGCUACAACUGAGUUUGAUUUUGGUGGUUUAACUCUAAGUAGUUUAAAGUUAUUAGGUGAUGCUCAUUUAGGUAACAAUACAAUAAAGUUGACACGUGACUUGUCCGUGCCAAAUUCCGGUGCCGGAAAAGUACUAUAUUCAAAACCAGUGUCAUUCCGGCAACCAAAUCUUGAUUUUCCGGCAAGUUUUUCAACAUUCUUUUCAUUCUCUGUUAGUAAUUUAAACCCUUCAUCAAUUGGUGGUGGUUUAGCUUUUGUGAUCACGGGUGAUGACGUGUCAGUUGGUGAUUCAGGUGGUUAUUUGGGAAUUAUGGAUGCAAAAGGAGGGCAAAAUGGUAAUCUUGGUUUUGCUGUUGAGUUUGAUACACUUAUGGAUGUUGAGUUUAAAGAUAUUAAUGGAAAUCAUGUGGGGUUGGAUUUAAAUUCAAUGGUUUCAAGUCAAGUUGGUAAUCUUGAUUCUAUUGGUGUUGAUUUAAAGAGUGGUGAUUUGGUUAAUUCUUGGAUUGAUUAUUCAGGUUCAAUGAAAAAAAUGAAUGUGUUUGUUAGUUAUUCUAAUUUAAAGCCAAAAGAACCAUUUUUGUCAGUUGUUAUUGAUGUUAGUGAGUAUGUUAAUGACUUUAUGUUUGUGGGGUUUUCUGGUUCAACACAAGGGAGUACUGAGAUUCAUAGUAUUGAAUGGUGGAGUUUCACUUCAUCAUUUGAUACAAACCCCAACCCUAAAUCUCCGGUUGCGGCACCGCCACCACCAACGGCUAGUUUGAUGAACCCCACGGCGGAUGUAAGCCCCGUUAAGUCCCCUCCGCCGGAGCAAAUAGGUCCGGCGGGGUCUAAUGGUAGUGCCAAUACAGUGCAAAAAAGUACUAGCAGCAAGAAAGUAUUGAAUGGUGCUGUUGUUGGAGUUGUAACUGCUAGUGCAUUUUUUCUAGCUUUUGCUACAUUAGUACUUAUUUGGUUGUACUCCAAAAAGUUCAAGAAUGUGAAGAGUGCUGAGAUUAAAUUGGGAUGUGAUAUUAUCAAAAUGCCUAAGGAAUUCAGCUAUAAGGAGCUUAAAAUCGCGACGAAAGGUUUCGAUUCGAGUAAAAUUAUAGGGCAUGGUGCAUUUGGGACAGUUUAUAAAGGGAUUUUGAGUGAGACUGGUGAAAUUGUUGCUGUAAAGAGGUGUAGUCAUAGUGGACAAGGGAAAGCUGAGUUUUUGUCUGAAUUAUCAAUAAUUGGAACACUUAGGCAUAGAAAUCUUGUUAGGCUACAAGGAUGGUGUCAUGAGAAAGGUGAAAUCUUGUUAGUUUAUGAUUUGAUGCCUAAUGGUAGUCUUGAUAAGGCAUUAUUUGAGUCAAGAAUGGUCCUUCCUUGGUCACAUAGGAGGAAAAUUUUGUUAGGGGUUGCUUCUGCAUUAGCAUAUUUACAUCAAGAAUGUGAAAAUCAAGUCAUUCAUAGGGAUGUUAAGAGUAGUAACAUUAUGUUGGAUGAAGGGUUCAAUGCAAGAUUGGGAGAUUUUGGACUAGCAAGGCAAAUUGAACAUGACAAAUCACCUGAUGCAACAGUAGCAGCAGGGACAAUGGGGUACUUGGCACCAGAAUACUUGUUGACAGGUAGAGCAACUGAGAAAACUGAUGUCUUUAGCUAUGGGGCAGUGGUUCUUGAAGUGGCUAGUGGGAGCAGGCCAAUUGAGAAAGAAACAAAUGGGGUUGGGAAAUUUGGACUCAAUAGCAAUUUGGUUGAGUGGGUGUGGGGAUUGCACAAAGAUGGGAAUUUACUAGCAGCAGCUGAUUCAAGAUUGAGUGGUGAGUUUGAUGAACAAGAAAUGAGAAGGGUUCUUUUAGUUGGUUUGGCUUGUUCACAUCCUGACCCUAUGGUUAGGCCAACAAUGAGGGGGGUGGUGCAAAUGCUAGUAGGUGAGGCUGAAGUUCCAAUUGUACCAAGGGCUAAGCCAUCAAUGAGUUUCAGCACAUCUCAUUUGCUAAUGACUUUGCAAGAUAGUGUUUCUGAUUUGAAUGGUAUGAUCACACUUUCAACUUCUUCAUCUGAAAACAGCUUCAAUGGUGGUGGCAUGGACCUAGUCUAGUUCAAUAAUCAAGAAAGGAGCUUGGAUGGCUUCUUUUUGUCAUCUUUUUGUUUUGGCCUUUUGUUCAUAGAUUCAUUAAUUUAUUAUUAUUAUUAUAUGUAUGUAACAAAAUAAGCUUAAAAUAUAUAUAAUUGUAUGCCCAUAUCAAAAGGGGCUUUUGGACUUGUUCCAACAAA